AAUCUUAAUGAUACUACCAAACCCACCCACCGCAAUUGAACAUAAGACCAAUUGACCAUAAAAAUCAAACCUUUAGUCAGUGCAUUUCAUUUCAAAUUUCCUACUUUUUCAUCCCAAAUUCAUUUAGUUACCAUCCCAAUAACUUCAAGAUACUGUUGAAUGGAAUCGUCUUGUCUGAUGAAAUCUUUCCUUCCUCUUUUUCUUUAUUUAUUAUUAUUUUUGUCUGUGAGGUUAACCUAUUUUCCUACGUUGGAGUGUUUUUAUGAGUAAAUUACUGUCCUCAUUAAUCCACCCUUAUUUUCUCUCACACCACAGCACCCUACACAGCGUUGUAUUCUCAUCUGAUCUCAUCUAAGGAAGCCUUUCUCUCUCUAGUUUUUUUCUUGAUAAAGCGGUGAGGUCUUGAUUAUAGAUCGCCGCUCAAUCUGCUGCUUUUUGGCUGAUUUGCUGAAGAACAAGAGUGCCGGAUAUCGUGUCUCUGUUAUUUUUUUCUUUGGAACUGUCUCGAGUGUUUGAAUAUAUAGCCCUAAUGCAAGGGCAAAGGAGUGCUGUGAGUACCUUUUCUGAAAAUAUAUGCUUUGAUAGUGAAUCCCAAUCAAAUGAUGCUGGCAUAGAUCAGCAGAUAUCUUGGAAUAACAUGCAGGCUUCCUCACAACAUCUAAUACCAGAUUAUAUGAUACCAGCGAGUGAUACAAAUGUUUCGUAUUUGAAUUGUGCUAGCCAAGAGGAGAACUUAAGUGGGUGGAAUAGAGGUGAAAGUAGUUCAAAUGUGGCAAUGAGUAACGUUGGUCAAAAUGAAAGAGAAACAGAACGCGGAUGGCCAUCAUUGGCGAGUGUCCAGUCUGGAGCAGCUUUCACAUUGGAAGAACGGCGAUAUGAACCCUCAAAUAUUCUGUCAUUGAAUAAUGUUGAUGCAAACUUGAACAGAAACCAGUCUACAAAUGGGUAUUUGCAAACUACUACCCCUGAUUCCCUUCCUCAGGAUCUUAACAUCAGUUCAAGGUCUUUAGACAAUGAUGAAGAUUGUCAGAUUGUGGAGCGUCCUAAUGCAUACAAAUCUGUUGGAUCAUCAAGUGAGCUGAUGCCAUCAUCUAGUAGUUCAUCUUAUCCUUUUGGGGUUCCUUCUGGAAGUGGCGGGUCAAUGGACAGCUUUGGCAAUCCCGGCUGUGCCGUUGAUGGACGACGCUUAUCAUGUAAAAGGAAAGUUCUUGACAUAGGGCCGUCUUCUGGAUCUGGAAGUUCAAAUUAUUUUCAUCAUGCUGAAAGCAGUCUAUGGCAUGCUUUACCAGCCACACAGCAUGCAACAGGCAGCAUAAAUAUGUCUACACCAACAGAGAACAACCUGUUUGUGGGUGCACAAGGCCAGGCAAACCCAAGAAGUGGACCUGGUUUUGGAGUGAAUGCUUCAGCAACUCCUCUUAAUUCGACUGCCACAGUAACUGCUGAAAGUUCCCGCCCGAAUUUCCGCUUGCGGAUUACUGGAUCACACCAACAAGAUUCUUUACCUGGGAAUCUGUUUUCUACGGAGGUUGAUGUUGGAGAUGUAAAUGCUUUGUCCUCCCAGCAUUCAUCGAGACUGCAUGCUCGAAAUAAUGCGUUCUCCCGGCCAGCAACUGCAGCAGAAAACAGAAGUUUUCAUGUGCCACCUGCUAUCAUGCAUGUUCCAUAUGUGCGUCGUAAUCCACAGUUGAGGUGGAAUGGAACAUCUAGCUUGAGAACCAACGGUUCAUCAGGUUCUGCUACUACUGGGGAGAGAGGUGCUGUGCUUUGUGAAGAACCUACUGUAAGAAAUGUUCCAAGAAACAUUUCAGAACAUCCUAUGUUUGUCCCUCCUAUUGAUCCAAGAAGUUCAUCACAAAAUCCUACCAAUUGGAGUUUAACCGGUGGAAAUACCAAUAUUGCUGGAAAUGUUGCUUCUCCUCCUCCGAGCAGCUCUAGUUCAAGGGUCAAUUCAUCUGUACCUCCUUGGGUUCCCCAUCGUAGUUCUCCACAAUAUCCAAGGAGACUGUCGGAAAUUGUUUGCAGAUCUUUGUUGUCUUCAGCAGGUACAGAGUCUGUAGGUCAGAGCAGUACUCAUGCAAUACAGCAUUCCGGUUCUUCUGGUACUCAGGAGACAACACUUUCCUCGGGAACUGAUAAUCAUAGGCAUCAUCUGUCAAACUUGAGAUCCGCAAUGUUGUUGGAAAGACACCUUGAUGGUGCUUCUGGAGCACCUUAUUCACUGCGAACUCUUGCUGCUGCUGGUGAAGGAAGAAGUAGGCUAGUUUCUGAGCAGAUUCGCAGUGUUUUGAAUCUCAUCCGAAGGGGAGAAGGUUUGCGAUUUGAGGAUUUUAUGAUCCUCGAUCAGUCAAUCUUUUUUGGGAUGGCUGAUAUUAAUGAUCGACAUAGGGAUAUGAGGCUUGACGUCGAUAACAUGUCUUAUGAGGAGUUGUUGGCGCUGGAGGAGCGCAUCGGAAAUGUUUGUACGGGAUUAAAUGAAGAAACAAUUUUGCGUCGUUUGAAGCAGUGGAAGUAUGUAGAUGUUCGAACAGAAGGUCGAGUCGAGUCAGAGCCGUGCUGUAUAUGUCAGGAAGAGUAUAAAGACGAUGAAGAUCUUGGGACACUGGAAUGCGGGCAUAAUUUUCAUAGGGAGUGUAUUAAGCAAUGGCUCAUGCAAAAAAAUCUAUGCCCCAUUUGUAAAACUGCGGGGCUCACGACAUGAGGUUGUGGUCAGCAAUUCCGGUCUCGACUUUGGGGGCAGAACUCCUAUUUAUUUCGUUGAGUUUAUUUAAACAUCCUUGUGAAGUACAGACUGAUCCAGAAAGUGAAAGUAGAACUCCUUUUAAGUUUAAUUUAGCUAAGAAUUAUGUUUAUUAACGGAAAUUCAACAAUUUAUUUAUUUAUUUAUUGUUAUUGAACCUUCAAGAUA